AGAUUCCGGCUCGAGAUGAUAGGAUGACCGGCCAUGACGAGCCAAGGCAUCCUGCAGCGCACUGUCUAUGUGGGGGGUCUGGAUGAACAGGUGGACCGCAAGGUGCUGGAAGAGGCCUUCGCGCGCUUCGGAGAUCUGAAGACGGUGGAGAUUCCGUUAGACUUGAAGACCGGGAAGCACCGGGGCUUCGGCUUCGUUGAGUUUCAGGAUGUCGAAGAUGCCCAGGCGGCAAUCGACAAUAUGCACUUGUCCGAGAUCUUCGGCCGAGUGAUCAAGGUGAACAUCGCGAGGGCGCCGACCAACAAGCCGACCACGGAGUCCAACAGGCCAAUUUGGGCUGACGACUUCUUCUAUCGGAAGAAGCUCAAGGAGGAAGGCCUGGAGGAGGGCGAAGGCCUCGUGUGAGGCAGAUACCUACCGCACGGGGAAGGACCUGCGCUGCGCUGGGAAAUGUCGACCGAGAUGGUCGGACCAGCAGUGGGGAAAA